AAGUGAGAACAGUUGUUUUUCUAUGGAGAAGUGUUUGGUGCAGAUUCUUUUAUUGCAAAAUUCUUUGUACUGUAAUGUACUGUCAAUCCUACUGUAGUACAAAACCAUAUUUAGUGUAAAUAAUUCUAUACAAUACUUGAAAAAAGCAGCAAUAAGUGUCAUUCCUUACCCUGAGAGUUUUGUCUGGGUCAUAUCCGCCUCUAAAUGAGAUGAGACUAGUUACGUUGCUAUAAUUAGUACAGGCAGUCACUACUGAAGGGUCAGAAAGCCCUUAUAAUCUGCCCCGGACAGCCCCGUGUGAUAAUCAGGACGUUCAUGAGCUGAGCAGAGCUUCAUUUCCUUGAGUGCUUUUUACGUCAUUAUGGUAUGAUGUCAUUACCCGUGGAUUCACAGUGCACCUUUGUAGACAACUGGCUGUGCUAGUAUUAACGAGAUUUGGAAGGCAAAUUGUCCUGGCGUAAACCCCCGGGAAAAUCUGUGCUAGGACAGGUGGAGUUAGCUUUCUGCGUUAAUGUUAAUGACCAGUGUGAACUCAUGUCUAGUCUCCAGCAUACUGUAUGUUGUGGAUGCUGGAGUCCCCAUCAGGGUUUUUAACUAAGCUAACCAAAAAGACAUCCUUGGCAGACCAGAUUCACAAGCUGCUAUUCAUGCUAUCUGUUGUGAAGUCUGUUGUUGAUGAGGUGUUUGAUGAUGUUGGGAAGUGUUGAGUCAAGAUAGAUUACCUUGAUUUUAAGGAUUAGCUUUAAAUCUUGGUCAUUGGAGGUCAGUGUGACAAGCUUUCGUAGUUUCAGUGCUUAAUCUAUGCUGACAGGCUAAAUUUUCAAUCAACAGCCUCAGGGGGAACAUUAGAAAGGGAACUGUAUCCUUCCAACCACCAUGGACACUUUUUUCAGACGACAUUUUAAGAGGAAGGAGGCAGGAGAAGCCAUGCACGACGGCCACGUGCCUGAACCCUGUCGACACAGGAGGCCGAGUAUUGCAGUGCCAACCAGCCGCGCCCGUCGGCGCUCCAGCGUUGGCCUUCCGUCUACUGCGUUGGCCCAGCGACGCCGAUCCAGUGUCCAACUUCAGGCGUUACCCCGAAACACUUGCAGUCAACCGGUACAGAAAAGCAGUGGAAGACGGCGGUCCAGCACCACCACCCCGAAGGCCAAUCCUCGCUUUGCCGUACGCCGGAAGAAAGUAGGCAAACUCCGCAAUAUAGACACACACCUCCUGGGCCCUUCCAUGCUGCUGGCCAGCCUGAUUCAGAUGACAGAAGAGGAGGAAGAGGAUGAGGAAGGCCGUAGUCCACUGCCGGGGCAGGUGGAACUCAAGGGAAGCUGCCCAAAGUUCAGGAGUCACACAGAUGUGCUUCUUUCAGAGGGCGACAGUGACAGCGAUGACUCCAGCGGGCACUCAUUUGAGAGUCACCACUCAGAGCUGCACAAGGGGCACCUGGAGGAGGCCAGUGUGUCAGACUGGGAGAUCAAAGAGUCCUCUGUUUUAUGCCAGCAGGAUUGCCUUCCUCUGGCUGUUGUGGCAGAGCGUGUCCAGGCCCACCCGUUGAUCCGAGUUCCACGCUGCCUCAGGAGGAACUCCUCACAUUAUGGCCACGCGGAGACGGGCCCGCAUGUCCGCUACUGCCGCAGCAGCCAGAGGAGGCGCCGUCGUCGGGUCUCCACCAUCUCAAAAGCGGGAAGCCCCUGGCCAGGAAGAGGCCUGCCGCUACCUAACCGAAGAAGCUCCACCUGCUACAGGGGUCAGGCGACUCUCAAUCCUCUCCUGGGAGCUUAUUACGAUCCCAGUCUGGAGUCUUGGACUGGAUUCUUGUCGAAAGCCAUCGCCAAGGCUGGUGUGCAGGAUAAUGCUGCCAUAUCCGGCACCGCAAUAACUGCCAAAUGUGAACCCAACAAAGAGAUCUGCAACACUGUGGAUUGGACUGAAAAUGCCCAGUUUGGUCAACACGUGUGGUUUGAGACCAGUCCGUCUGGAGAUUUCUGUUACGUGGGGGAGACGUAUUGUUUUGCAAAGUCCCUGCAAAAAUCUCUUCCUCGCCACAAAUGUGCAUCCUGCAAAAUAGCUGUUCACACUGUAUGCAUGGAUCAGCUGGAGAAGAUUAACUUCAGGUGUAAGCCAUCAUUUAAGGAUCCAGGGAUGAAAAAUGUCAGAGAGACUCCAAACAUGAGACAUCAUUGGGUCCAUAGGAGACGGCAAGAAGGAAAAUGCCGGCAAUGUGGAAAGGGUUUUCAGCAGAAGUUCUCCUUUCACAGUAAAGAUAUCGUGGCCAUCAGCUGCUCAUGGUGUAAGCAGGCAUAUCACAACAAGGUGACCUGCUUCAUGCUGCAGAAAAUCGAUGAGACGUGUUCCCUCGGCGCUCACGCGGCCGUCAUCAUCCCUCCAACCUGGAUCAUCCGAGUCCGCAGACAGCAGGCAUCAUUAAAAAGCAGUAAAAGAAAGAAGAAAACAUCUCUGAAGGCCAAACCCAGCAAGAAAGCCACAGAGCAGGAUGGCAAGUGGAAGCACUUUGUCGUAAGACCGAUUCCUUCUCAGCUCAUGAAGCCUUUGCUUGUAUUUGUCAAUCCGAAGAGUGGCGGAAACCAGGGAACCAAAAUUAUCCGCUCUUUCAUGUGGUACCUGAACCCCCGGCAAGUGUUUGACCUGACUCAGGGAGGUCCGAGAGAGGGGUUAGAAAUGUACAGCAAAGUGCCCAACCUGCGUAUCCUUGUUUGUGGUGGAGAUGGAACGGUUGGCUGGAUUCUCUCAGUGCUGGAUGAGCUCCAGUUGAACCCUCAACCCGCCGUGGCCGUGCUGCCUCUCGGGACGGGAAACGACCUGGCCAGGACUCUUAACUGGGGCGGGGGCUACACAGACGAACCGGUGACAAAGAUCUUGUCCCAUGUCGAAGACGGCAACAUCGUCCAGCUGGACCGAUGGAACCUAAGCGUGGAACCCAAUUUAGAGGCCAGUGAGGAGGAGAGAGAUGAACACCAGACCGACAAGCUUCCCAUUGACGUCUUCAACAAUUAUUUCAGCCUCGGAUUUGAUGCACACGUGACAUUGGAGUUUCACGAAUCCCGAGAGGCUAAACCAGAACGAUUCAACAGUCGACUUCGCAAUAAGAUGUUUUAUGCAGGGACAGCCUUCUCAGACUUCCUAAUGGGCAGCUCCAAAGAUCUGUCCAAACACAUUAGGGUUGUGUGUGAUGGUACUGACCUAACCAGUAAAGUGCAGGAUAUGAAAUUGCAGUGCCUCCUGUUCCUCAACAUCCCCAGAUAUUGUGCUGGUACGGUGCCAUGGGGGAACCCAAGUGAGCACAAUGACUUUGGGCCACAGAGACAUGACGACGGGCUUAUCGAGGUCAUUGGCUUCACCAUGACCUCUCUGGCAACCCUGCAGGUUGGAGGACAUGGCGAGAGGCUUCAUCAGUGUCAGGAAGUGAUCCUGACCACCUUUAAACCCAUUCCUGUGCAGGUGGAUGGAGAACCCUGUAGACUGGCUCCAUCCAUCAUACGCAUCACCCUCAGGAACCAGGCCAACAUGCUGCAGAAGACCAAGAGAAGAAUCUCUCUACCACAACUGUACGAUCAGCAGCCCAUCACAGAGAAACUGCAGAUCAAGGUGAACCGUAUCAGCAUGUGUGAUUAUGAAGCUCUUCAUUAUGAUAAGGAGCAGCUCAGGGAGGCCUCGAUUCCUAUGGGGAUAAUUACAGUUCCCGGGAACAGUGAUUUGGAGACAUGUCGGCUGCAUAUCGAGAAGCUACAUGAGGAGGGGGAUGGUAUAAAUACAGACACACUGCACAUGCCAAAACUUUCACCAAAAUGGUGCUUCCUGGACUCUACGACUGCAGACCGUUUCUACAGAAUAGACCGCGGUCAGGAGCAUCUAAACUAUGUGACGGAGAUCUCCCAGGAUGAGCUUUUCAUCUUGGACCCGGAGCUGGUCACCAAGGAGACGGUGGGCACGUCGCCCGGAAUGCCGGGGGCGAUGGAAACUGUUGGGGGAUGUUCCAAUAGCACAGACCAGUUCGCUUUUCCUGCCUGCUCUCCAGGGCCUUCUCCUCUGUGCAGGGUUCAUCAGACGCAUGCUGAAGGCCAAAUGGAAAGUGUGAGCCCGGAUAGUGACCCGCACAUUCAAAGCGAUCCAGAUUCCCCCACAAAGCCAGGCCUGUGCAGGAGGGGAGCAAAAAUUAAGACUAUGAGUCGUUCAAACACACUUGAUGAGGACUCAGAGAAUGUGCCAAGGUUAGAUUCUGCCUGGAAUGACAGUGAUCAAGAAUCAAUAAAUUUGCUCUUUGAUGCUGUGAAGUCUGACAACAUUGAAAAGCUGGUUCAGAUGCACAAAGACGGGGCAAAUCUCUUGGUCCAGGACCGUCUCGGCUGCACCCUCCUCCAUCACGCGGUCGUUGUAGGCAGCAAAAGUAUUGUGAAGUAUAUCACUGAUAAUGCUCACGCCUCCAUCCUGGAUGUGACGGAGAAAUCAACAGGGGAAACGGCCCUGCAUAAGGCAGCUGCGUUGUGCCAGAGAACGAUCUGCUGUUAUCUGGUGGAGGCCGGCGCGUCCCUCAUGAAGACAGAUCUGCAGGGUGAAACUCCAAAGAUGUACGCGGAGAGAGCUCAAGACUUCGAGUUGGCCGAGUACUUGGAAAACCGACAGCACCACCAGAUGAUCCAGAGGGAUGACCAUGAGACGGCCGUGUGACCGACCUCCACCCGCCACCAAACCACAGAGGCUUAUCUCGUCUCUCCCGUGGCCAGGUUUAGCGACGCUAUGAGGCAGCAUGUGUGCGGAAAUUAGUUUGUUCGCUCUCUGUAUUGAUUGUAAUGCCAAAAAGACAGUGUUCGUGUCAUGUUUCAGAAUGCAUGAGUUUGCUACGUCGCGUCCAGCUUUCGGACCGCACAGAUCUGCACCGCUCUGCUCCUUAAGACACAAUGUGCAACAUUUUGGGAAUUUCAGGGCUGAAGUACCAUGUAUAAAAGUGGCUUUU